AUGCAAUUAACAGAAUUAAUUAAUCCAACAAGAUCUUCAUUACCUUCAAUAUCAACAACUUCAAGUUAUCAAAAAGCUACAUUAAAUUUACCAACUUAUACAUCAAUAUAUGCUAAACAAUCAUUACCACAACAAUCACAACAAAUACAGCAGAAACAACAACAACAAUUAAUAAUUGAACCAUUAAAAAAAAUAAGUUUACCACCAAUUAGUGAUAUAUUAGCUCAACAACAAGCUCAGCAACAACAACAACAACAACAACAACAAAAACAAGAAUUACCAUCAGUAAAUCAUUUACAAAAUCAAUCAUCUCCUCAACCUUCAUAUCAACCAAAAUCUUUACCAUCAAUACAACCACAAUCUUCAACUCCUUCAUCUACAACUUCUCAACAAUCUUAUUUUAAUUUUAAUGUACCAGGUAAUAGAUCACCAAAUUCAAAUAAUUAUACAACUACUACAACAACUACAACAAUAACUCCAAAUAUUUCAUCACCAUCUGCUCAGAUACCUUAUUAUACUCAACAACAUUCACCACAAUAUCAUCAACCACCACCACCACCACCUCAAUAUCAAUUACAACAUAAUCAUCAUCAAUAUCAAUCUCAACAACAAUAUUCUCCACAACCACAUUUAUCAUUACAUCAACCACAAAUAAUAAGAUCAAAUUCAUAUCCAAUAGAAAGAUCUCAUUCUCAAAUUUCUUCAUCUUCAUUAAAAGAUAACAACAAGAGAAAAACAAGAAAUAAUUUACCAAAAGAAAUUACUUAUAUAUUAUUAAGAUGGUUAAAUGAUCAUUUAAAUCAUCCUUAUCCAAAUUCUUUUGAAAAAAAUCAAUUAAUGUUAAGUACUGGAUUAAAUCAACAACAAUUAAGUAAUUGGUUUAUAAAUGCAAGAAGAAGAAAAAUUAAAAGUUUAAAAGAACAAAAAAGAAUGAAUUUAAUUUAA